AUGAACGACUGCACAGGCUGGCGAACUCCUAUUUUCCAUGAGGAGGGCCCAGUAGAGGAGAGUAACGGGCGGCGCGCCAACGCAAAUGUGCUUCUGCCGGAGCCAUGUGACACCGAGGAAGCUGAGAACGCCGUUGUGCUGCGCCUGCGCAACAUUGAGAAGAGUUACUCCAUCGAAGGGACGGACGACCGCGUGGUUGUCCUGCGGAACGUGAAUCUGUGCGAGCAGUGCGGCAGGGACGGGUUUGGUCCCAUCCGCCGAGGCGAGUUUGUUAUGAUUCGUGGCCCGAGCGGUGGAGGCAAGACGACGCUGCUGAGCAUCAUCGGCACUAUCGACUUGCCGACCUCUGGCACGAUCGAACUUAUGGGGACGGUGAUCAACCGCCAAACUCCCGAUAGUGUGUUGGCUGAAUUCCGGUUACGCAAGAUUGGUUUUGUUUUUCAGACGUUUAAUUUGAUUUCAACGAUGACUGCGUUGGAAAACGUGGAGCUCCCCAUGACACUGCGGGGAGUAUUGUCCAAAAAGGAGCGACGAUUGCGUGCCUCUCGGUUGUUGGCCCUCGUGGGGCUGCGUAACCGUUUAAACCAUCUGCCGUCAGAGCUCAGUGGUGGGGAACAGCAGCGGGUGACCAUCGCCCGCAGCCUUGCCAACAACCCGCAGCUAUUGCUCCUAGAUGAGCCUACCGGGGACCUGGACACACUGAACACGAUCCAGGUGAUGGAUCUGCUACUCCGCCUCAACCGCAUGACUAAGACGACCUGUAUUAUGGUCACCCACAACCCUGACGUGGAGUGCUAUGCAGACCGCAUCCUGUACGUUGCAGACAGUCGGUUUGUUAAGGAGGUGCGCAACAGCUGUCCACAGCGUCUCCUAUACGAUGUGUAUGUGAAGAGCCUUGAAGGGCGGGAGAAUCAAUUGACCACAGUUGUGCCUUCGGAAGAAGAUACAUCUGAACUUUUUGAAGUGUGA